AUGGGUCAAGGCACGGAGGUGAAGACGAGGGAGGACCCCAAAGUGGAGAUCCAGGAGAAGGGCGAGGUGUUCUUCUUCUACCGGCCCAAGGUGGACAAGGAGGAGGCGCACAGCCCCGACGACGUGCAGCGGAUGUACGUCGUGCUGCGCCCGGAGUCCGGCCCCGGCCGCGCCGUCGAGGAGAAGCAGGCGCCGGACUCCGGCAAGGAGGGCAAGAAGAGGAAGACCCGUCACGGCGGCGAUGAGAAGGGCCAGGCGGACGGCGGCAACGAAGGCGGCCACGGGAAGGAGGUGGCGAACGAGAUCGUUCAUUCUCAGAUCUCUAUACACGAGAAGCCGCUGCUCCGGCUGAUCGUUAUGGGGAAGAAGAGCCUGCCGGACCCGGCGAAGCACGGCCGGCCGUUCUGGGGCUACGUCGACCUCGUCACCACCGACGUGGAGGACAUCAAGGACGCGCUCAAGGGGGCGGAGUACGACACGGCGACGCGCGGCAAGCGGCACCUGGCCGCGGCGAGGGCGAUGGGCGAGGGCGUGUACCGCAUCCUCAAGCACGAGGGCCGCGGCGGCCGCCCGCACACCCACCUCGUCUACAAGCUGGAGCUGCCCUCGCGCGGCGGCGGCGGCGACGAGGGCGGCGUCGGGGAGCCGCAGGAGGCCAUGAACGUGGAGCCGGAGGCGUCGUUCCUGGUGCAGAUCAAGAACCCGGAGCAGCGCGGCGGGGGCAGGGGCGGAGGCGGAGGGUUCGGCGGGCUGCAGGGCAAGCGGAAGGCCGCGUUCCCGGAGCACCUGCAGGGGCGGUUCGGGAGCAACCGCUACGCGCCGGCCGACCCGCCGGACCUGCUCAACUACGAGGGGUGCGAGCUGCUGCUGAUCUCGGCGUCCGACGACGUCGAGGAGGAGCUGGGCCUGGAGCUGCAGACGGAGACGGAGGAGGAGACUGAGGAAGGAGCCGGUGACGGCGGCGAGGGCGGCCGCGCCGGGGCCGGGUGCUCGGACCUGGUGAAGAUGUUCGGCGAGGUGGCCGACGUGAAGCCGCUGCUCAGCGGGAGCUGGGACUAG